ACAUUACUUUUGAGGCGAGCUUCACACUAUUCGAUCAUGGGGUCGAGCAGGCGGAUUGAAUGCAUAUUUUUUAGUGAAUUUCACCCGACUCUAGGCCCAAAGAUCACGUAUCAGGUUCCUGAGGAAUACAUUUCGAGGGAACUGUUUGACACUGUUCAAGUCUACAUUAUAACCAAGCCUGAACUGCAGAACAAGCUCAUCACAGUGACUGCGAUGGAUAAGAAGCUGAUAGGAUGUCCAGUUUGCAUAGAACAUAAAAAAUACAGCAGAAACGCCUUACUCUUCAACUUGGGUCUUGUUUGCGACGCUAGAACUAAGACAUGUGCUCUAGAGCCCAUUGUCAAGAAGCUGUCUGGAUACCUAACAACUCUGGAGCUUGAGAGCGGCUUUAUUUCAAAUGAAGAGAGUAAGCAGAAACUCUUGCCCAUCAUGUCUACAUUACUGGAGGAGCUCAAUGCAACAGGAGCCUGCACUUUACCUAUUGAUGAGUCUAACACAAUUCACCUGAAGCUGAUUGAGCAGAGGAAAGACCCCAUGAUCGUUCAGGAAUAUGACGUGCCAGUCUUCACUCAAAACAAAGACCACUUCAUCAAGUCCCAGUGGGAUCUCACCACCCAGCAGAUCUUGUCCUACAUUGAUGGGUAUCGACACAUACAGAAGAUCUCUGCUGAAGCUGAUGUUGAGCUCAACCUGGUCCGAAUUGCUGUGCAGAACCUACUGUAUUAUGGAGUUGUAACACUAGUGUCAAUAUUUCAGUACUCCAAUGUUUAUUGCACAACUCCUAAAGUCCAGAGCUUAAUUGAUGACAAGUCCAUUCAAGAAGAAUGCCUUCAUUAUGUCAAUAAACCAGGACAGAGAGCCAGUCUCAGGGAUGUGUUCCAGCUGUAUUGUGGUUUGACUCCUGGGACUACAGUGCGAGACCUGUGUUCUCGGUACUCCCAGCAGCUGCAGAGAGUAGAUGAGAGGAAGUUGAUCCAGUUCGGUUUGAUGAAGGACCUGAUUCGGCGGCUUCAGAAGUAUCCAGUUAAAGUUAUUAGAGAUGAACGAAGUCGCCCUCCCAAACUUUACACUGGUUGCCAUAGUUAUGAUGAAAUCUGCUGCAAAACUGGAAUGAGUUACAAGGAACUGGAUGAACGCUUAGAAAAUGACCCCAAUAUCAUUAUCUGCUGGAAGUGAUGUCAUGAAAGAGGAAGAGUGUAGUCAAGUUUACAGAAGCAUAUCUCCAGUUCAGGCAAUGAAGCCAGGGGGACUACAGCCAGAAAUAUACAAGCAGAAGUGUGUGAGAACACAGAGACAGCCCGUGGAUUUCGGUGCUGACUGACCAAACAAUGAUAAAAUAUACACUGUAUGUCCAAAAGUCUGUGAACAGCUGGUCAUUUAAUUUACUUUGGAAAUCAAGGGAGUUAACAGGAAGUUUGAGUCCCCUUUUUCUGCAGUAACAGACUCUUUGCUUCCUGGAAGGCUUUACUCUAGAUGUUUGGGGGUUUCGUUUUAAUUAAGCUAUGACAGCAUUAGUGAGGUCAGAAGCUAGAGCCUGGAUGUUGGACAAAUAGUUCUAAAUCACAAACAGUGUCAGUUCAGCUUGUCCCAAAGGUAUUGUGCAGAGCUCCAUUACAGAGAAAACACCACCACUGUAGUGGAGUUACUACUACUACUACUACUACUACACUAAGCUGCUUAGAAGGAUAAAGGGUUGUGCCUUAUUGCCUUGUUGUAACUAAUCAGAUGAAUGAAUGUGAAUGUGAAAUGUAGGAAAUAAAGAAUAAACUUAUUUCUUUCUCCUCUGUAUAUGGAAAGUAAUUACUUUAAUGUCAUAAAAUGGACAUAUGAUAAUAGAGGAUAGUUGACAAAUGUAUUUGAUAAAGCCUGUUGGUAAGUGUGGGGGUAUAAACACCUUCUUCGGUUAUCAAUAAAGGAAAAUAAAUCAAUAUAUGAA